UCCGCGGUGCUUCGCGCGCCCCCCGCCGCUGCCGCCGACGACCAGGCGUCCCCCCCAUCGCCUCCCGCCGAGUCUCCGGCCCCCGCCCCGCCGCCCCCGACGAAGGAGAAGGAGCCCGAGGGCGACGAGUCGGCCGUGUCGAGGGUGUACGACGCGACCGUCAUCGGGGAGCCGCAGGCGGUGGGGAGGGAGGCCAAGGGCCGGGUGUGGGACAAGCUGGCGGCCGCCAGGGUCGUCUACCUCGGCGAGGCCGAGCUCGUGCCCGACCCCGACGACCGCGUCCUCGAGCUCGAGAUCGUCACCAAGCUCGCCGCCCGCUGCGCCGACGCCCAGAGGCGCAUGUCCCUCGCGCUCGAGGCCUUCCCCUGCGACCUCCAGCAGCAGCUCGACGACUUCAUGAGCGGAAGGAUUGAUGGCAGCAUCUUAAAGUUGUACACGUCGCACUGGCCAUCAGAGCGUUGGAAGGAGUAUGAACCUCUUCUAAAUUUCUGUCGUGAUAAGGGAAUUAAGCUUGUUGCUACUGGAACCCCACUGCAGGUGAAAAGAACUGUCCAAGCAGAGGGGAUUGGAGGCCUUUCAAAAGCAGAAAGAAAGGAAUAUGCUCCUCCGGCAGGCUCUGGCUUCAUUUCUGGUUUUAGGUCUGGCCGGUCAUUCAUAGAGAAUAUUACAUCAACUCGUGACUCUCCUUUUGGUCCGAAUUCAUAUUUAUCAGCACAAGCAAGGGUAGUUGAUGAUUAUACCAUGUCUCAGAUAAUUAUGAAAGAACUUAAUGGUAAAGAUCCUCCAGGGAUACUAAUUGUUGUGGCAGGUGCAAGCCAUCUUAUAUAUGGGUCACGAGGAACUGGUGUUCCUGCCAGAGUAUCUAAAAAGUUGCCGAAGAAAGAUCAUGUUGUGGUACUACUUGAUCCUGAAAGACAGAGUAUAAGGAGGGAAGGUCAAAUCCCAGUUGCUGAUUUCUUAUGGUAUUCAGCGGCUAAAAUUUGCAGUAGAAAUUGCUUUGACCGUGCCGAAAUUGCUAGAGUUAUGAAUGCUGCUGGCAGGAGGCCUGAAGCUUUACCCCAGGAUCUUCAGAAAGGAAUAGAUCUUGGAGUUGUUUCUCCUGAGAUAUUGCAGAACUUCUUUGACCUUGACAAAAACCCUGUUAUGACUGAACUAAUUCACCGAUUCCAAGGUUUCCGGGAAAGAUUGCUCGCAGACCCAAAAUUCCUUCAAAGAUUAGCAAUUGAAGAGGCUAUAUCAAUUUCAACCACUCUACUAGCACAGUACGAAAGACGGAAAGGGCGAUUUUUUGAGGAAAUUGACUAUGUCCUCACUGAUACUAUUAGAGGGUCUGUUGUCGAUUUUUUUACAGUGUGGCUACCUGCUCCAACUAUUUCAGUGCUUUCUUUUACCGAUGAUGAUUCUGGUCAGAGCUUGGGCUUUGUCAAAGGCCUUCUGGGAUCAUUGCCAGAUAACGCGUUCCAAAAGAAUACCUUUGGUCGGAAUUGGAAUAUGAACCAGAGGGUCGCCGCAGUAAUAGUUGGUGGUUUGAAACUUGCUGGUGUUGGGUUUAUUUCUGGUGUUGGGGCUGGAGUUUCCUCAGAUCUCCUGUAUGCUGCUCGAGGAUUGCUGAAACCUUCAGCGAGUGUGGGAGCAGGGCGAAAGAGAGCUCCUGUUUUGAAGUCGGCAGCUGUUUAUAGUUGCUUUCUUGGAACAUCAGCAAAUUUGCGGUAUCAGAUCAUUGCUGGCUUAUUGGAGCAUCGACUAGGAGAGAGCCUGGCAACUCAGUAUAAUCAGCCACUUCUUGCUGGUCUCUUGUCCUUUGUAGCAAGGACAGUCAACUCAUACUUGGGAACACAGCAAUGGGUUGAUCUUGCUCGGUACACUGGAGUACAGAAGAUUCAGGAACAGCUUCCUUCCGAUGAGGUCACCACACCACCUGAAACAUCCCAGUUAGAGGACGGUAGAACCGAUGUACAGAACCCGGAUGAGAGCAGCAGCAGCAACGCAGACCGAUCGAGUGACCCGACCAAGUGAUUUGGUUGCUUUCCGUGGCUACAAAGUCCCCAACCAUAUAUGUAUAUAGGUUCAAGACAGCGAAAGGAGUCUUGUUGCUACGAUGCUGAGCCUCACUCUUGGAUCGGCCAGGAAUGGACUAUUCAUAUGAGAAAAACAAUAAGAUACUGCAGUUAGCCAUUUUUUCUAGAGUAAAUAUACUCUUGUAGUUUGUACUCACUCCAUAAAGAAAUAUAGGAGCGUUUAGAUCACUACUUUAGUAAUCUAUAAACGCUUUUAUAUUUCUUUACAGUGGGAGUACAUAUGUAAGGAGAAGACGAUGAGUGUCUAGUGGAUUAAUUGGCAUGGGCAAUUACGGGCUUUGAGUUGUAGACUUAAAUCUGCUGUGGGAACCCACGAUCGCCAUCCAUUUAUAUAUAGCCAGGUUCAAGACAAUUAAAAGAGUCUCUUUGCUACUCUUUGAUCAGCCAGGAAGGGACUACUUUAUCUGAAAGAAGCAUGAAUUAGUAUAGUUCUCAGUCAGUCAUUUUUCUAGAGUAACAAAUAUACUGCUGUACUUUGUACUUUUAUACGUAUGCAAGGAGAAGAGAACACGAUCGGUA